CGCUUGUGCGCAUGCGUAGUAGCGCCCUCUCCCGUCAGGAAGAUGGCGGCCGUCGGGAUGUGCUGGGCUCUGUUGACGUUUUUGCUUCUCAACGUUUUUUACGGCGUCGUGUCCGCCUUGUACUUCCACAUCGGAGAGACGGAGAAGAAGUGUUUCAUCGAAGAAAUCCCGGAUGAGACGAUGAUCAUCGGCAACUAUCGGACUCAACUGUACGACAAACACAAAGAAGAAUACCUCCCGGCCACUCAGGGGCUGGGCAUGUUUGUGGAGGUCAAAGACCCCGAUGAGAAGGUGAUCCUGUCUCGACAGUACGGCUCGGAGGGGAGGUUCACGUUCACGUCUCACACGCCCGGAGAACAUCAGAUCUGCCUGCAUUCCAACUCGUCCAAGUUCUCCCUGUUUGCCGGAGGCAUGCUGAGGGUCCACCUGGACAUCCAGGUGGGCGAGCACGCCAACAACUACGCCGAGAUCGCCGCUAAAGACAAACUGUCGGAGCUGCAGCUGCGAGUCAGGCAGCUGGUGGAGCAGGUGGACCAAAUCCAGAAGGAGCAGAACUACCAGAGGUACCGGGAGGAGCGCUUCCGCCAGACCAGCGAGAGCACCAACCAGCGCGUCCUGUGGUGGUCCAUCGUGCAGACGCUGAUCCUGGUGGCCAUCGGCAUCUGGCAGAUGAGACAUCUCAAGAGCUUCUUCGAGGCCAAGAAGCUCGUCUAAAUGCGCGUCUGCGCCGCCGAGUCUCCGACCAGAUGCGAUGCAGAGCUGAGAUGCGGCGCACGCGAGAUACUCGAGACCUUGGCCAAUAUUCGGAUUUCUAUUUGGACUGAAAGCUUUGGCCGACCCCGUGAAGUGCGAAGCGGGCCGACGGCGUGGCGUGUUGGUGGAUUUUUGUAUUUUCGAGCCAGCGGCCGCUCGCCGACUUGAAUGUGUGCGACGCCGUCACGCGUGAUCGCUACACGCGCGUGGGAACUCGUGUCAAGCAGUUUCAUUUUAUCGGUUGGAAUCCUCCCCAAAAUCUAAGAGUUUGUAAAGUUUUAGCAGCUGAAGAGUGAAAAGAAGGAGUUACUGCGUCCAGUGUGAAUGUUGAUUUGUUUUGCCUGUUUUGACAUGUUCUACGUUUCAUCGAUGCCGGAAGGAGGAGGUCAAAGUUGAAUUCAUCAGUAGUGUGACACUGGCAAUUUUCUUUCAGGAUGUUUGUGUCAAUAUUUGAUUUUAGAAAAUACUGAAAAGGGCUUUGUUUUUGUUUGAAGGUUUGCUAAUAUUUUUUCAAUACAACGCUCACAUUUAAGGUUUCGCCAACUUUGCUCAAUUUGACCGUGUUCUUUAUACUUCCAUCUAAGAGAAAACAUGUUAACACUUUUGUUUUCACUGACAUGCGAUUGGAUUUGUCAAGGUAAAGAUUGAAAUGAUGUUGAAAUAAAAGUUGCAAUAAUUUGA